AUGUUCAAUAAAGCACGCGACGAGAAUGGACAGCAGGCAGAGGCUGAAAAGAAGAAAUUGGAGAAGGAAGCUCUGAAAGAACAGGCUGGAACAAACUCGUCUGCCAGAAAAGAGGUGGACUCCGAUCGCUUUGCCGAAAUUCGAAACAAGCUGCAUUCUUAUGGCCAGCUUGUAUGUUUGGGAAUGCAACCAGCGGCUCUGCAACCCCAUUUAAUCCAAUCUUGUAGUGUUAUUGAUAUGUAG